AUAAUCUUGAGCAAUAUAAAUAAAAUUUAAUAAAAUAAAUUGUUUUUAAGUAUAUAAUGUUUUCCCUUGCAAAGGUUGGGUCUCUGCUAAAAUGUGGAAUUACUCCUUUAUCCAUCCGAACCUUAUAUACCACUAAAGCUUUGAAUUUAAAAGAACUUGUAGAACGUAAAGAAGGUUCGACUUUAACUAUCGAAGGAGUGACUGUUAAGUCUCCCAACACGGACCUUCUGGUUCGCGCGGAGAAAAUAAAAGAGUUGGCGCCUAUAGAGCGGAACGAACAUGGGAACCCCUGCUAUAUGUGCGCUCUUCAGUUGGACGUUAAACACACAGAUGUGUUGAUACUGAGUCAGUUUGUCAGAUCUGAUGGGUGCAUGCUGCCACGCAGAAUCACGGGAUUGUGCCAUAGGCAGCAGAAGAAAAUCGGAAAGUUAGUCACAAUGGCACAAAAAGCAGGUCUCAUGAUAAAUUUAACACCAUCAUACUGUAAAAAGGAUCCAAAGAAGAGAAGAGACUACAAAAAGUUUAACACAUACUUUGACGAGAGUACUAUAUUUUUGAAGAAUAAGGAUAUUCCAAAACCGUUGGACAGAUUCAAACGCUAAAAGUACAAUGGUGUAAAAAAACUAGAAAAAGGCAAAAUAUAUUAUGUUUUCAAUCAUAA